UUCCUUUCUCUCGCUUUCUCGGCGAGAGCACUGUGCCUCCCUUCCCAGAUGGCAGCCGGCAGCGCCAUGCAGCCUCUCGUUCCUCCUCCUCCUCUCCCUCCUCUCCGACUCUAAGUUAAUGCCAUGCUGCCGCUGCUCUUCCCGGCACUGCUGGCCGCCUGCCUGCCCGCCCUGCCAGGGCUGGAAGCCCCUCGGCGGCUGCCAGCGGUUCAGGAGGAGCAGGAGCAGGAGCUCUUCUUGCCCCCUGCCAACUCCUCCUCCCGCUCCUUGGCCAGCCUCGAGAUGGACCUCGACGGCGCAGCGAGCAAGGAGGAAGGGAGCACCGACAGCCCGGGCACGCCAGCUGCCCCUAGCCGAGAGCCUUUCUCUUCCACUCCCACCUCCCCCGGGCAGCAGCAGCAGCGGGAGCAGCAGGAACAGCAGCAGCGUCCCCAGCCGCAGGGGCAGCCGCAGCCCGCCGAGGACCCGCACUGCAACAUCAGCGUGCAGCGGCAGAUGCUGAGCUCGCUGCUGGUGCGCUGGAGCCGCCCGCUGGGCAUCCAGUGCGACCUCUUGCUCUUCUCCACCAACAGCCACGGGCGGGCCUUCUUCUCCGCCGCCUUUCACCGCGUGGGGCCGCCGCUGCUCAUCGAGCACCUGGGGCUGGCGGCCGGCGGCGCUCAGCAGGACUUGCGCCUCUGCGUUGGGGUUAGCUGGGUGCGGGGCAGGCGGGUCGGCCGCCUGAGGGCACCGCGCCCCAGCCCGUUGCCGCCGCUGCUCUCCUCCUCCUCCUCGCUGUCCUACGCGCCGGCGGCGGAGCCUGGCAGUACUGUGCAAGGGGAGCCGCUGAAUUUCUGCUGCCUGGAUUUCAGCCUGGAGGAGCUAAAGGGCGAGCCGGGCUGGCGGAUGAACCGCAAGCCCAUCGAGUCCACCUUGGUGGCGUGUUUUAUGACUCUGGUCAUCAUCGUGUGGAGCGUGGCCGCCCUCAUCUGGCCCGUGCCCAUCAUCGCCGGAUUCCUGCCCAACGGGAUGGAGCAGCGCCGCGGCACCACCGCCGGCACCACCACCGCCGCCGCCGCCAAAUAGCCUGUCCCGGUGACCCCCCUUCUCUUCGUCGUGUGCUGUGGAGGGACGCGGGACGGACUCUGUCGUGUUUUUGUUGUUUAAAGCGUGCCACAGGUGCGCAGCGGGCCGCGGGGCCGCCUUAGCACCCGGCCGGCCCUGCCCGGCUCCGAGGGGAGCGGCCCCGAGGGGACCUGUGUGCGCGUUUUAUAUCUUUAAUACCCGUUUUAAACGAACCUUUUGGUAAAAAAAAAAAAAAAAAAAAAAAAAAAAAAAAAAAGGAAAGGAAAAGUCCACCCAAAAAAUCAAAGGAGGAACUCAGAGAACCUCCUAUUUGGCCAUAUUUAUUGUCAUCGCAGUAGCGUUUUCAUAUAGGAUAGAGUUUGAGUGGGUUUUUCUUUUGUGGACAGAAAGGGACAUCUCUCUUGGCAGGACAGAGAACUGAAGCGGUAUAUAUAUUGUUAUUGCUGAAGCUGAACUUUAAUGAAUCUUUUACACUGU